UGCAGCAACUGUGCAGCAGCCCCUUUAAGAACUUCCUGGGUGUGGAAAAGGGGAAGUUUUCCGCCGGUCCGUAGCUACUUGGUCCCGUCCCAUUUAGCUUUGUGUUAUCCCUCUUUGUACAGACUUGACAUACUUAAACGGUAUGUAUAAAAACUCAGUUUGGGAAUAUGUAUUUAAUAAUGCGGAUUCAGUUUUUUAUUUAGCACGCAUCUCUCUUUAAAACCCAAUUCGACUUCAAACCACGGUAAAGGAUGGAUGAGGUUUCAGGCAAGGGGCAGACAUUUCGGAUUCGGACGCGUCCCAAUGGAUUCUCGCCGCUCUUCUAAUCACGACACCGCAACAGCAGAAAAGUGCUAAAGAGGGACCAGGACAUAACUACUCUGCAGUUUCAUCCACGCGUCAGAGUAGGCGAACAGGGAAGUAAAUACAACACCGUGCCACAUCUCACUGUCGCGUGCACUUUACACCCGAUCGGCGGCAGGCUCCCACGGACACCAUGGUUUGUGCUCCUGUGCCCAGAGGAGAGUGUGGCGGCGCUUCUCCCGACCAUCAGUGACCACAGAGCUCAGGCUGCGUGGCUCGCGAUAACAAAGUCAGCGGUUUUUUUUAAUUUUUUUUUAUUGUGUGGAAAGCCAGUAGUAGCUACAGAAGAUGGGGCAUCCUCCUCUGGAGUUCAGCGACUGCUAUCUGGACAGUCCGGACUUCAGAGAGACUCUCAAGUGUUACGAACUGGAGCUGGAGAGGACGAGCAAAUUCCUCAAAGAGUUGAUCAAAGAUGGCAACAGUGUGAUCACUGCAAUCAGAGGCUAUUCUUUGGCACUGCAGAAGUUCUCCCAAACUCUCAAAGUGUUCCAGUUCGACGUCAUCGGGGACUCACUGACGGACGAUGAAAUUAAUAUCACUCAGUCCUUUCAGGAGUUUGCCGGACUUCUGCAGGAAGUAGAGCGCGACAGGAUGAUGCUGGUUCAGAACGCCUCCGAUCUGCUCAUCAAGCCGUUGGAGAAGUUCCGAAAGGAACAAAUAGGAGUGACCAAAGAAAAGAAAAAGAAGUUCGAGAAGGAGAGUGAAAAAUAUCACUCCCAGGUGGACAAACACCUGAAUCUUUCUGCAAAGAAGAAAGAGACUCAACUUCAAGAGGCCGAUGAACUCCUUGAAAAAGAGCGCGUGAGCUUCUAUGAAUCGUCGGUGGAGUACGUGUACCAGAUCCACCAGGUGCAGGACAGGAAGAAGUUCGACGUGGUGGAGCCGGUGCUGGCGUUCCUGCACAGCAUUCUGACUCUCAACAACCUGACUGUGGAGAUGACUCAGGACUUCAUGCCUUACAAGCAAGAACUGCAGCUCAGCUUGCAGAACACAAGAAACAACUACGAGAGCACUCGGGAGGAGAUGGAGGAGCUGAUGAGAAGAAUGAAACACCCAUCGCAGAUCUGUAAAAUGUACAGUUGUCUGCCCAUCGAGGGCUACCUGUACUGUCAGGAGAAGUGGGCUCUGGGCAUGUCGUGGGUCAAAUAUUACUGCAGGUAUCACAAGGAUGAGAGACAGCUGGAAAUGGUGCCUUGCGAACAGAAGCCGACGACCAAACAGGUCCCCACACUUCUGACACUGAAAUCUUGCAUCCGCCGGAAGACGGAGUCCACCGACAAGCGCUUCUGCUUCGACGUGGAGACGAACGAGAGAAACACACCCGUUACUUUCCAAGCUCUUUUGGAGACCGACAGGAAGCUGUGGAUGGAGGCCAUGGAUGGAAAAGAGCCUAUUUAUCAUUCCCCAAUUCACAACCAAGCUGAAAUGGAACUGAAUGAAGUUGGAUUUAAGUUUGUGCGAAAGUGCAUCAACUACAUUGAAACAAAAGGAGUCACACAAGAAGGAGUGUACCGAACAGUUGGCAGCAACAUCCAAGUGCAGAAGCUAUUAAAUGCCUUCUUUGACUCAACAAACCCAGGAAAUGUGGAUCUGCAGAGCAGCGACUGUGAUGUCAAAACCAUCACAAGUGCACUGAAGUUUUAUCUAAGGAGCUUGUCUGAGCCACUGAUGACCUACAGUCUACACAGAGACCUCGUGUGUGCUGCAAAGUCAGAUAAUCUGGACUUUCGACUGAGUGAGAUUCAUUCUCUUUCCCACAAGCUACCAGAGAAGAACCGGGAGAUGGUGGAGAUGCUCAUCAAACACCUGGUCAACGUGUGCAGCCACAGUGAAGAAAAUCGAAUGACCCCCUCCAACAUGGCCGUUAUCUUUGGGCCCACACUCAUGAGAGCCAAGGAGGAGACAGUGGCGGCCAUGUUGGAUAUUAAGUUCCAAAAUAUUGUCGUUGAGAUUAUGAUCGAAGACUUCAAAAAGAUCUUCAGUUAUGUGCCAGAGGACAGCACUUCCCCGCCACUCCCCCCUCCGCGGAUCACCCCGAGGAAGAGACAACCAAUCACCAUCUCCAAGCGACCCCCCCGUGUUUAUGAAGCUGUCAGCCACGACCACUUCCAGCCCACAAAGAAUGGGCAGAACGACCACUCUGUGUCUGUGGUGGAUGUGGAAGUCUCAACGAACCCUGUUCCGCUGCAGCGGAAAAGACCGGCGAGCUUUGCUCCACUCCUUCCAAGAGAACCUCCUCCCAGACUAGCGCUGCUACCCAAACCAGCGAACCGUCAGGAAAGACCGUUGGACUCCAACGCUGGCAGGGUGGACGACACCAGGCAACGGCCAGACUCCUCUUCAGCGGCCAAUGGGGAGUCUGGAGUCUACGUGAGCAGAGUGCCAUCCUUCCAGAGCAGGAGACAACCUCCUAAAGGCACACCAGCCCACAGAGAAGGAGAUGGUGAUGGUUUGACCAGAACAAAGCCCACAGAGAAACCAGCUAUUUGUAGACCCCCCGUCAGGCCUCCUGAACCCCCCUCCAGAAGCCCCGCUCCACAAAAGACCCCGAGUGCAGCCAGCAGCGAGGGCUCGGCCACAUCUUAUGUUGCCUCUAAAACAAAGUUUUUUGAGAAUGCCUCCAGGCACACUGGCAGUCCACCUGCCUCUCCGCCAUUAUCAACAGGGACACAUGUAAAAAAAGAGAAUUGAAGUUACGGAGACUUGGACAACAUCACGUGACCUCUGCGUGUGAUGAUGAAGCUGGAGGGAGUCGGAUAGACUGAAGAAGUGGCCAUCAUAAUGGAUUUAUUUCAUUUCAUUUUAAUGGUAAAAAGUAGGCUGUGAUUGGUGAUUUUUCCAAAGUUAGCGUAGAAUAACAGUGGUAUUUUCCUCCUUUUCCAUGCCACUUGACAAUUUUGUCAAUAGUACAAUAUUCAGUCAUUUUACAUUGUUAAGUCUGAAUAUCCAUUUGUAUUGGAGGAAACAAACUAGUUCAAUAAGCUUACCAAGACGACUUGUCUAACUCUUAACACGUGUUUUUGCAACAGAUCUCCCAAAGACGACUAAUUGAUUGAAUCUGGUUAAUCAUUAUCAAUUUGAAAACGUGAAAAUUCAACUAUAUUUAAUAAUGAACCAGUGAAGUCACUGUCAACGAGCUGGAUGAUGGAAUAAUUAUUUCUGUGUUAGUAUUUUAAAAAUGUAUUUUACCAAACGUGUCAUUCUGCGAUGAGUGGCUUUUUAGGAAGCAUUACAAAAAAGUAUUUUACUAUCGAGUGUCUGUAGUCCAGACAGGAUAGUUACAAUGCACAUGUAGAACAUAAUGCUAAAUUUAGUUUGACAGGGAAUGAUUAAAACUAGAUUCACUGGUGUACAUUCCCUCACUUCUUACCUCUUGUGGGGAGUGUCUUAGAAGUUUACCUGAUGUUGUUGCUCCACAAAUAAAUUGUUGGCAAUUUGGCAAAUCGUUAAAGUUGUUUAUGUGACGAUAACAAUGUUUUUAUUUUUUUGGUUUUUUAAAUAGCUAUGUUCAUGAUCUCACUUUUUUUUUUAUAACAACUUGAUAAUUCUGGUCGGCUUGUUUAUUUUUUUUUCUUAAAAAAAUAAAUACAAAUUGUUAACAUAAUGAAAAAACUUUUGUAUAAUUGCAUCCUAUCUCUCGUCGGUCAGGCAGGUGAUGUUUUAAGUAGGGCCGGGACGCGAU